AUGGGUCUGGGCAAAGUAUCUGUCCGCGUCAAUGGGGCCGACUGUGGCAUUGAAGCGAUCAUGUUGGGUGUCAUUACGUCCAUUGGGGGAUUCCUGUUCGGCUAUGAUACUGGCCAAAUCUCUGCAAUGCUGCUCUUCAGAGACUUUAUCGCACGUUUUGGACAGCGGCAACCUGACGGCACAGUUGCAUUCGACACCAUCAUCUCUUCUCUUCUGGUCUCACUGAUGAGUAUCGGUACUCUCAUCGGCGCUCUUUCUGGCGCCUACACGGCCGACUGGUGGGGUCGUCGUCGGAGCUUGAGCUUUGGAGUCGUGAUAUUCAUCGUUGGAAACGUCAUUCAGAUCACUGCCAUGAAUUCCUGGGUCCAUAUGACGGUUGGCCGUUUUGUUGCUGGUCUUGGGGUAGGCAAUAUGAGUGUUGGUGUCCCGAUGUUCCAAAGCGAGUGCUGCCCUCGCGAGAUUCGUGGAGCUGUUGUGGCAUCAUACCAGCUCAUGAUUACGAUUGGUAUCCUGGUGGCGAACGCGAUCAAUUACGGCGUCCGAACUUUCCAAGACGACUCUGCGUCCUGGCGAAUCGUCAUUGGUCUUGGUAUCGGUUUUUCGCUCCCUCUUGGAAUCGGAAUUCUAUUCUCGCCUGAAAGUCCGAGAUGGCUAGCUGGACGUGGUCGUUGGGAAGAAUCGCGUAUGGCGCUGGCGCGUCUCCGGGGUCUGAAGGAUGACCCACACAAUAUGCUCGUGGAGAGUGACUACAAUGAAAUGACGACCUCGAUCGUGGAGCAAAACAAAGCAGGAGAAGGUACUUGGCUCGAGUGCUUCACUGGACAGCCCUCCCAGAUCCCACGUCUGGUGUAUAGAACAUUCCUGGGCCUUGCUAUCCAUUUUCUUCAGCAAUGGACGGGCGUGAACUACUUCUUCUACUACGGAGCGACCAUAUUUAGAUCAGCCGGUAUCCAAGAUCCUAUCAUGACGCAGCUCAUCCUUGGUGCCGUCAACGUUAUCAUGACUUUCCCUGGAUUGUACAUUGUGGAACGCCUUGGUCGUCGAACACCACUCUUCUAUGGAGCAUUGUGGCAGGCAGCGUGGCUGCUCAUCUUCGCUGCUGUUGGUGUCGCUCGACCACCUACGGAGUUCCAGAGUUCGGGCGUAGUCAUGAUUGUUGCGGCUUGUAUGUUCAUUGCAUCGUUUGCAAUGACCUGGGGGCCAUUCGCGUGGGUUGUUAUCGGAGAGACAUUCCCUCUACGUACUAGGGCAAAGCAAGCUAGUUUGGCAACUGCUGGUAAUUGGCUAGGCAACUUCAUGAUCGCAUUCCUCACUCCAUUCGCAAACAGGGGGAUCAGCUACGCCUUCGGCUUCGUUUUCUUUGGAACCAAUCUUGCCGGUGCACUACUGGUAUACUUUUUCCUCUUUGAAACAAAAUCACUCUCCCUGGAGAACGUUGAUGCGAUGUACUCCGACACAUCGUUGAUGCCACGGAAGAGCAGCAAGUGGGUUCCGGAAGGGUAUAUAGAUCGCAACAUUCGUGAUGAAAGAUCAUGGAGAGCUUCGAAGCCCUCUCGCGCUUACCUCUCAAAUCUCAUCCUCCUCUUCGUCGAAAUCAUCCUCACUUCCCAUGUCAUACAAGAUUCGCCCUCCUUCCCCCACGCCCUCAUCUUUCUGCGCAUCGAAGUACGGCAGAACCACGCCCUCUCGGUCCCUUCGCUGCUUCUCCGUUAA